AUGAGUCAAGGGAGUGGCCUAGUCAAGAGCGAGAGCGCGGAAGAGUUCAGGGAGCAAGACAAGGCUCCGGAAGAGCGACAGUACGGAAGAGACGGGAAAGCACGUCGUCGGCAGGGAAGAGUAGACGGCACAGAGGUGUUGACGUUGAGGGAGCACGUCACGCAAGAAUGGAGGCAGCACGUCGAGGACAUUUCCGAGUUGACGGAGCCGGCGAGUUGGCGGCACCUCCGAGUCGAUAGGACGAAAGCCGCGGAAGAGCCCAGCGAGCAAGGCAAAGGAGCGGAAGAUUGGGGGAACGGGCCAGUCAAGAGCACGGCUGGGGAAGAGUCGAGGGAACCGGGCGAGGCCGGCGAGGAUAGGGAAGAUUUUGUGGAUCACCUAGUCAAGGGCGAGGCUUGCCAGGGCGAGGCCGCGGAAAAGGUGUUCGAACAGCUAAUCAAGGAGGGCGACAGGAAGAGAGAGCGAGGCAGGGGAAGAGUUGUGGGGACGGGCGUGUCAAGAGUGAUGCAGGGCGAGGCCGGCGAAGAGACCAGGGAGCACGGCGAGGCCGCAGAAGAGUCGAGGGAACAGGCCGGUCACGGGCGAGGCCGGUGA